CAGGAGCUGGUCGCUGCCGGCUAAGCAAGGUGGGGGCUAGACGGCGCCCACCUCCAGCUCGAGUAAGGGUGGCUGUGCGACUGCGGCCAUUUGUGGAUGAAAUAGUUGGAGCAAGUGAUCCUCCCUGUGUACGGGGCAUGGACAGCUGCUCUCUCGAGAUUGUCAACUGGAGGAACCAUCAGGAGACUCUCAAAUACCAGUUUGAUGCAUUCUAUGGGGAGAGGAGUACUCAGCAGGACAUCUAUGCAGGUUCAGUGCAGCCUAUUCUAAGGCACUUGCUAGAAGGGCAGAAUGCUAGUGUGCUUGCCUAUGGACCCACAGGAGCAGGGAAGACACACACAAUGCUGGGCAGCCCAGAGCAACCUGGAGUGAUUCCUCGGGCUCUCAUGGACCUCCUACAGCUCACAAGGGAGGAGGGUGCUGAGGGCCAGCCAUGGGCCCUCUCCGUCACUAUGUCCUACUUAGAGAUCUACCAGGAAAAGGUAUUGGACCUCUUGGAUCCUGCAUCAGGAGACCUGGUGAUCCGAGAAGACUGUCGGGGAAACAUCCUGAUUCCUGGCCUCACCCAGAAACCCAUCACCAGCUUUGCUGAUUUUGAGCGGUACUUUCUGCCAGCUAGUCGGAAUCGGACUGUGGGAGCCACUCGGCUCAAUCAGCGUUCCUCCCGCAGUCACGCUGUGCUUCUGGUCAAGGUGGAUCAGCGGGAACGUUUGGCCCCAUUUCGCCAACGAGAGGGAAAACUCUACCUGAUUGACUUGGCCGGCUCAGAGGAUAACCGGCGCACAGGCAACAAAGGCCUUCGCCUGAAGGAGAGUGGGGCCAUCAAUACAUCCCUAUUUGUACUGGGCAAGGUGGUGGAUGCACUGAACCAGGGCCUCCCUCGUGUGCCUUACCGGGACAGCAAGCUCACUCGCCUACUGCAGGACUCUCUGGGUGGCUCAGCCCACAGCAUCCUCAUUGCCAACAUUGCCCCUGAGAGACACUUCUUCCUAGACACAGUCUCUGCACUCAACUUUGCUGCCAGGUCCAAGGAGGUGAUUAACCGGCCUUUUACCAAUGAGAGCCUGCAACUUCAUGUUUUGGCACCUGUUAAACUGUCUCAGAAAGAAAUGCUGGGCCCAUCAGAGGCAAAGAGAGCCCGAGGUUCUGAGGAAGAGGAGAUUGGGAGCCCUGAGACCACAGCAGCUCGAGCCUCUUCCUCCCUGAAAUUCAGCCCCCUACAGAAGCUAAGCGGCAUGGACUCAGCCAUGCUGGAUCGCCUCUUGAGUUUGGACCGGUUGCUGGCCUCCCAGGGGAGCCAGGGAGCUCCUCUGCUGAGUACUCCAAAGCGAGAACGUCUGGUGCUAAUAAAGACAGUAGAGGAGAAGGACUUGGAGAUUGAGAGGCUUAAGAUGAAGCAAAAAGAACUGGAGGCCAAGGUGCUGGCCCAGAAGACUGGAGACUCAAAGGAAAAGGAGAACUCUCUCACAAUGCCCCAACCCCUUUCCCAUCACACAGUCACAGUCACAAAGCCCCGGAAAAAGGCUGUGGUGAUGCCCCUGCAACUGAUUCAGGAGCAGGUGGCUUCCCCAAAUACUGAGAUCCACAUCCUGAAGAAUAAAGGCCGGAAGAGAAAGCAAGGGUCUCUGGAUGCCUCAGAGCCUAAGGAGGAGGAUGAGGACUGCUGGGAGCUACAGAUCAGCCCGGAGCUACUGGCCCAUGGGCGCCAAAAAAUACUGUAUCUGCUGAACGAAGGCUCAGUUCGGGAUCUGCGCAGCCUGCAGCGCAUUGGCCCGAAGAAGGCCCAGCUGAUCGUGGGCUGGAGGGAGCUCCACGGCUCCUUCAGCCAGGUGGAGGACCUGGAACACGUGGAGGGCAUAACUGCGAAACAGGUGGAUUCCUUCUUGAAGGCGAACAUCCUGAGUCUCGCCGCUGGCCAGGGCUGUGGUCCAUCCUGACUGCUGUUUAUUUUUUUUAAUUCUUGUAUAAUCGUGUAUCGUGUAAAUACAGUUUUUACUCUGG